ACUUUCAGGUAAAACAGACUUUAUUUUCUUCCACAAAAUAAAAGAAUCAAGCCACUUAACAGAGGGAAGACUAGAACUCAAGCCUCGUGCCUCUCAGCUGCUAGAUCGCUGAUUUCCACCUGUCCUCAAGCAUUUCCCCACCGAAGCUGCAGGUGUUCACCCAGGUGCUAUCACUUUCUCAGCGCCCAGUCUUCACCCUCUGCUAAGUGCGUUUAACGAGAGCUCAGAGGGCUGUGCAGCCCUUGGAUGCGUUCAAAGCAUCGUGCAAUGAACGCUAGGGGGGAAAAAGAACAAACAAGACAAAUUUCAAAUAUGGGAUUCAAUUAGUUUUCACAACUCCAUGAUGUGUCAAAGGCACGCUGCGUUUUGUUUUGAGGGCGGGGAGAUGACUGCGAGGGAAUCCUGGCCCCCAUUGGCUCCCGGCUCCCCGCUGCAGCUGAGCUCCAGCCGCUCCGUGAGCGUUAUUGAUCUGAAGGGUAAACGUGGAGGGAGCCACGGACUGGGGUCCAAGCGUUUCUGAGAAGAGAGGCAGCCUCUUCCAGGAAGAAAGUGCUGGGGACGGGCUGCCCGGCGUGGAGAACCUUCUGUGCAUGAAAGGGGGGUGCAGGAGGCAAGGCAGUUUGUUGCUACAGUGAUUUAGAAAGAAAAAGGCAGGGCAGAGAGCUAAGGAAGGAGAGGUUCUCACCUUCGCUGCAAAGCUGGGUGGUUGCAUCGCUGCUGCCGUUGCUGCUGCUGCUGCUCCUGCGGCUGGCUGCCUUUUUCUGCCAUCAGCACUGUUUGGCUCUAUUUGGGAAUAUAGUCCAUUUGGAAUUCAAUAGCACUUUGGAAUUUUAAAGCACGCCAGACUCUUUAAAGUAGGAGUCCAAGAAAGAGGGUGAAUAACAAAGAGAGAUACAGAUGAGGAAGUGAAAAACGAAGAGGACACACUCAGGCUUGCUUCUCACCUAUAAAGACAGUGAGGGGCUCAACAUAAACAGGAAAGAAAAGCACAGCAUGCAGCUACUUGGAGGGCUUUGAUUGAAACUUCUAUCUCCCCACCCCAUUCACGGUUGAUUUGACUGAUUUCUCACCUCGUUCACAGAGAAUAUUUCAAUUAAGGUCCCUUUAGAUGGAAUAUAAUACAGCAGAAGCCUUUUCAUCAAAAGGAUUAAUGCCUGCAUUAUCAUUUCUGCAAUAAAACAGAAAGCUAAGUGGUGGCAGCCACAGACACCUCAACCUGGAUUCCACGAUUCUACAUUAAGUGCUGGAGUUUUUAUUACUCUGCUGUAAGAAAGCCUUUGCCAAUGCUUACACGGAACUGUUUAUCCCUAAUUCUCUGGGUCCUAUUUGAUGGAGGUCUCCUAACACCACUUCAACCGCAGCCACAACAAACUUUAGCCACAGAACCAAGAGAAAAUGUUAUUCACCUGCCAGGACAGCGAUCACAUUUCCAGCGAGUUAAACGUGGCUGGGUAUGGAAUCAAUUUUUUGUGCUGGAAGAAUACAUGGGCUCCGAACCUCAGUAUGUGGGAAAGCUCCAUUCUGACUUAGAUAAGGGAGAGGGCUCUGUUAAAUAUACCCUCUCAGGUGAUGGUGCUGGCACUGUCUUUACCAUUGAUGAAACCACAGGGGACAUUCACGCAAUCAGGAGUCUGGAUAGAGAGGAAAAACCUUUCUACACGCUUCGUGCUCAAGCUGUGGACAUAGAAACCAGGAAGCCCCUGGAGCCCGAAUCAGAAUUCAUCAUCAAAGUGCAGGAUAUUAAUGAUAAUGAGCCAAAGUUUUUGGAUGGACCUUAUGUUGCCAGCGUUCCAGAAAUGUCUCCUGUGGGUGCAUAUGUACUCCAGGUCAAAGCCACAGAUGCAGAUGACCCUACCUAUGGAAACAGCGCCAGAGUUGUUUACAGUAUUCUUCAGGGACAACCUUAUUUCUCUAUUGAUCCCAAGACAGGUGUUAUUAGAACAGCUUUGCCAAACAUGGACAGGGAAGUCAAAGAACAAUACCAAGUCCUCAUCCAAGCCAAGGAUAUGGGUGGGCAACUGGGAGGAUUAGCCGGAACGACAAUAGUCAACAUCACCCUCACUGAUGUCAAUGACAAUCCACCUCGAUUCCCCAAAAGCAUCUUCCAUUUGAAAGUUCCUGAAUCAUCUCCUAUUGGAUCAGCCAUUGGAAGAAUAAGAGCUGUGGAUCCUGACUUUGGACAAAAUGCAGAAAUUGAAUACAAUAUUGUUCCAGGAGAUGGGGGAAAUUUGUUUGACAUCGUGACAGAUGAGGAUACACAAGAAGGAGUCAUCAAAUUAAAAAAGCCAUUAGAUUUUGAAACAAAGAAGGCUUACACUUUUAAAGUAGAAGCCUCCAACCUUCACCUUGACCACCGCUUUCAAUCUGCGGGUCCUUUCAAGGACACGGCCACAGUGAAGAUCAGCGUGCUGGAUGUGGAUGAACCCCCGGUUUUCAGCAAGCCUCUGUACACCAUGGAGGUUUUUGAAGACACCCCGGUGGGGACCAUCAUCGGUGCUGUCACUGCACAGGACCUCGAUGUGGGCAGCAGUGCUGUUAGAUACUUCAUAGACUGGAACAGUGAUGGGGACAGCUACUUUACAGUAGAUGGAACUGAAGGAACCAUCGCCACUAAUGAAUUACUAGACAGAGAAAGCACCGCGCAGUAUAAUUUCUCCAUAAUUGCGAGUAAAGUUAGUAACCCUUUAUUAACCAGUAAAGUCAACAUAUUGAUUAAUGUCCUAGAUGUCAAUGAAUUUCCUCCAGAAAUAUCUGUGCCAUAUGAGACAGCAGUGUGUGAAAAUGCCAAACCAGGACAGAUAAUUCAGAUAGUCAGUGCUGUAGACCGAGAUCUUUCACCUGCUGGACAGCAAUUCUCUUUUCGAUUAUCACCCGAAGCUGCCAUCAAACCAAAUUUUACAGUCCGUGAUUUCAAAAACAACACAGCUGGAAUUGAAACCCAAAGAAAUGGAUACAGCCGCAGGCAGCAAGAGUUGUAUUUCCUCCCUGUUGUAAUAGAAGACAGCAGUUAUCCUGUCCAGAGCAGCACAAACACGAUGACUAUUCGAGUUUGUAGAUGUGACUCUGAUGGUACCAUCUUGUCCUGUAAUGUGGAAGCAAUUUUUCUACCUGUAGGACUCAGCACUGGCGCUUUGAUUGCAAUCCUACUGUGCAUUAUCAUCCUCUUAGCCAUAGUAGUGCUGUAUGUGGCUCUGCGAAGGCAGAAGAAAAAAGACACCCUGAUGACCUCCAAAGAAGACAUCCGAGACAACGUCAUCCAUUACGAUGACGAAGGGGGUGGCGAGGAAGACACCCAGGCUUUCGACAUUGGUGCUCUGAGAAAUCCAAAAGUGAUUGAAGAGAACAAAAUUCGCAGGGAUAUAAAACCAGACUCACUCUGUUUACCUCGCCAGAGACCACCAGUGGAAGAUAACACAGAUAUAAGGGAUUUCAUUCAUCAGAGGCUGCAGGAAAAUGAUGUGGACCCUACUGCGCCCCCCUACGAUUCAUUGGCAACCUAUGCCUAUGAAGGGAACGGCUCAGUAGCAGAGUCUCUCAGCUCCAUAGACUCGCUCACCACCGAGGCCGACCAGGACUACGACUUUCUGGCAGACUGGGGACCCCGCUUUAAAGUCUUGGCAGACAUGUUUGGCGAAGAGAGUUAUAACCCUGAUAAAGUCACUUAGGGGAGAAGCAAAGGAGAAAGUUAAGAAGAAACACAAAUAGAAAUCACACACACACACACUACACACUACACACACUACACACUACACACCAGGCUUUCUAGGACAAGAUUCCUUUGAAUCUCUGGUUUCUAGCAAGUUGCUAUGUUUAUCAUAUUGUCAGUUUUGGUUUAUUCUGCCAACACAAGAUAAAUCUUGUAAUAGGUAUGUGCUUGGUUUUGUUUUGUUGUUUUAGAGACACACUGAGACAAGCUCAGGCCUAUAAAUACAAUCUACUGACAUGACAACCUAGAAGGAAGAUAGCUAUGUGGCAUCACGGUGGAAGAGUGUUAGAUUUUUCUUAAUUCCACUAAAGUGCCUAUUGAAACUCUUAUCAUUUAAAGUGGUGUACAGUACACUCUGCUGUGAUGGCAAGGCAGGAUUCAGAGAUAAAAGGACACACAAAAAGACAUUGUCUAUGUCAAAGAGCAAUAGCAACAUGCUGACUUCUGAUUCCUUUUGAGGAAAAGAAGAAGAAUUCUUCCUGAACUCCAUCUUCACACUCAAAGUUUUCUUUCUUUCUUUCUUUCUUUUUUUUUUUUUUGCUUUUUUAAAUUGUAUGCCAAAACAUAUUUGUUUCUCCUGCCCUUCCAGAAAAUUGAAAUAAAUGUGAUAUCAAAUUCGAUAUGUAAGUCCUGAAUUUGAAAAGUAAUGUUUGAUCUUAAUAUUAAUUCAUAUGAAAGAUGUUCAUUAAUAUGUUACUUUUUUUCCAAGAAAAUAAAAUGUUAAAGAAGAAAAUUUUUAAAAAGUCCCUCUUUAUACAAAGAGGCCUCAGGGCUGAAA